UGUUAUGAAUUCAGCCUUCGCCCAAGACAAACUGACUCACCUCCAUGGAACAUCGGAUUGAUUCACCAAGAAUUUCAUUCAAACUGCUAGAAGUUUGGCAGCAAAAUGGGAGUAUUUGCGGCGCGUGACGCGGCUUCUACGUCACAGUCCCCCGCUCGCAGCCUCGGCCAUAAACACGGCGCUUCUGCUAGACUCCUUCAGAAAGCGAAGAACAGCCACCCGACAACAAGCUCUCUCUUCAGUGACUGUUGGUGAGGAAGUCAGCAAAAUAAGUGUCCGCAAUGGCCCCCGUUCCACACUCGUACGACCUGAAGGUUUCCGCGCGUGAGGCAAGCCCCUGCCAGUGCGAAGAACCGUCCAAGAGAAGGUGGGACGUGGCCUUGCCCAUCAGUCGAAGGGGAAGCUUCUUCCAAGACUCGUUCUUCUCGGACGUGCACGACGAGUUCGACGCCACCGUCAGGAGGGUUCUGGCCAGGUGGAGAGACACCGAUUUCAGUCUGAGAGAUUGCUGGGACGACAAUUGUCGGUACAGCGAUAUUUUGAAACGCUACAGACAACUUCGAUCUCUCAAUCUGAAGGAGGAGGACCAAGCUGUCACCGUCACAUCAGACACAUCGGGUCAUAAGAUUGCGGUGGAUGUACACGACUUCCUGGAUGGAGAAGUGAAGGUGAAAGCGGAGGGCGAGGAGGUGGUGGUGGAAGGACGUUUGGAGAGAGAGAAAAAGGAGGCUCAUCCGUGUCCUCACACUCCUUCACACGCCGCUUUUCCUUGCCUCCUUUCACCGAUAUGGCAGCCAUCACGUCUGUCAUGUCUUCAGAUGGAGGACCAGUCUCACCAAAAGACUACUGUUGUUCCCAUCAAGCUCGAAGAAGCUGAGAGCUCAUCAGCUUCCAAAACUUCGGAUAAGAAUGAAGCCAGUUCCGUUGAAAAUACCAGCGAGGAAUCCAAUUGCUCACGAAAACCUAUCUGUGAAACAAUAAAGAAGGAAAGCAUAAACAUUCCAAGUCGUGCCAAAGAAGUACCCACAGUCAACAGUGUUCAACCACGGUCUGUGGAAAUUGACAUUUCAAAGGAGUGCAUUAAUGAUGAUGUUUGUGGCGUUGAGAAGCAAGGAAAUGUUAAAACGACUGAAAGAACAAACCCUGACAUCACUGAUGAAUCAAACCUCGUCUGUAAAGAACUAGACUCGACAGGACUGGAAAUUUCUCGCCAAAGAUUCUGGGAUGAAUUCCUACCAAUUACUCGAAGAGGAAGCUUCUUCCAGGACUCCUUCUUCUCCGACAUGCACACAAAACACUUGGGACGACGUUUUCACUACAAAGAUAUCCUGGAGCGAUACAGAGAGCUUCGAUCCCGUCACCUGGAAGAAAACCUCGCCGUCACUGUCACGUCAGACAAAACAGGUCAUAAGUUUGUUAUGGAUGUUCAUGAUUUUAUGGACGGUGGCGAGGUCAGCGUGAAGGCUGUGAACGAGCGAGAGUUGGUGGUCGAAGGUCACUUGGAGAAGAAGGAAGACGGUUCCAAGUCCAGCAAGCAGUUCCUUCGGCGCUUCGUUGUUCCUGGAGACAUUGAGGUGGAGGCCGUCACUUCGGUCAUGUCUUCUGACGGCGUGCUGACAGUUUCGGCUCCGAAGAAGAAGUGCCAAAGGAAGGAAGCCGUUGUUCCAGUUCAGUUGGAAAGUAAGGAGGAAGAGGCAGUUCGCGCCGGUCACGGAGGAAGCCCGGCAGAUGUGCUCGUGUCUCCAGACGAAGCUGAAAAGAAAGGCUCAUCUGCAGACCUGCUGAGCCCCACGUCAGACGAUGACGACGAGGAAGGAUACACAUUCAUCGUGAGACGGCCUGGAAAUUCCUAUGGCGUUUCCUUCGGGGAUGAUGAAGAUUCACAUGCGUGGAAGAGGGAAUCCUCAGCGGGGGAUUCCAGGAGCAAGUGUGCUUUGAAGAGUUCAGGAUUGGAUUGCGAAAGCAGGAACUUGGCCAUCGUCAGGAAGGGCCUGUUUGCUGACGAUUGCUGCUUCGAGAAUGUUCGUCGUAACUACAGUCAGGCUGUGAGACAAGUUUUGGAAAAGGCCAAUGAAUGGUCCUGUGGAAGUGACGCCUUGGACAAGUACAGGAAACUUCGUCAGCAGAAAGUCAGUUUAGAAAAUCAAGCAGUAGGUGUCUCAGAGGAUUCAGAAUCACAUCAGAUCGUGAUGGACGUGUUGGACUUCCUUGGCGGCGACGUGACAGUGCGGUUGGUGGAAGGAAAGGAGCUGCUGGUGGAGGGUCAAGCAGAGAGGCAGGACGGAGGCAGAGUGUCCCGAGUGAGCUUCGUGCGUCGCUUCGCCUUGCCUGAGCUCGUCGAGCGAGACGCCGUCAGCUGCGUGUUGUCCUCGGACGGAAUCCUGACGAUCGUCUCCGAGAAGAAGGGAGACGCCCCUGGCCAGCGCGACCGCAGGAGUGCCCAGUAGGAUGGAGUCCUAUCCUGGCAUGGGCAGAGGUGGAGGGCUGAAGGGCGCUGGAGACUUUGAGGAUUCAGGAUCCCAAGAUUCAGAACCGGUUCCUGCAUCAAGCAUAAGCUGUGCAAUAAGUACCAGUCUGCACUGGUUUCCUGAGAGCUGCAAUUUCUAUAGACCGUAAUCUAUUCUAAAAUAUAUUUUUGGUAUUAAAAGAUUAUGUGAAACGUUUAUGUACAUGUGUCCUUUGUAAAUGUAAUGUUGUUUUUUUACAUUACUGAAAAUAUACCGUUUUUCUAAAUAAAUAUGGUAAUGAAU